AUGAGGACUUGCUUAAUGUCAACUAUAAUUUCAAUUCUUGUUUAUGGCUCCUCAUCUGAGGAAGUGGUUCCCCAAAAAGGCUUGAGGCAAGGGGAUCCAAUCUCACCAUUUUUGUUCAUCAUAACAGUUGAAGGUCUUGACAUAUUAUUAUCAAGAGCUAAAGAACUUGGACUGAUAAGAGGGGUCAAUAUUGGAUCUGAAGGUUUGAAUUUAUCACAUCUACAAUUUGUUGAUGACACAAUCUUAUUUUGUGAGGCUGAUUGGGUGGAGGUUACAAAUGUGAAGAGGAUUCUAAGAUGCUUUGAAGUCGUGUUUGGACUUAAGAUUAACUAUCACAAAAGUGCUAUCAGUGGAGUGGGAAUUGAAGAGGAGUCUGUUGUCGAAUUUGCCUCUAGAUUAAAUUGCCCAUGCCAAAAGCUCCCCUUCAAGUACUUAGAGUUUCGAUCACCAUCGCGCGUACACCUCCUCAGAUCUGAGCGAUCAUCCCAAAUAUGUGACAAUCCCAGACCUACGUCUCAGUCUGGUGAACGACAAGAAAGAUCUGCUGUUCAGUUCUGUUGUUGUAGAUCUAUCUCGACGGCGAUAAUAAAAGUACUGGUGGUUGGCAGCGGCAGUGGCAACGGAGUUGGUCGAGAGGGAUUGAAGGAUUUGGAAUCAGAUGAGGAGCUAUGGGUUAAUAUUGAAGGUCUCCUCUCAAGACUCGAAAAUCAAAGCUUUUGUUGGAUUCACGGUGUUAUGGUGUCAAAUCUUCUGACAAUUCCAAUACUGAAGAGAAAUUCAGACUACAAAAGUUUCACAAAUUGUUUUUUGGCAAAUCGAUUUCUCUUGAAAAGGUUUUUCUUUUUCUUGAUGUUAUUUUUGAUGAUUCCAAUAGAUAGUGGUAGAUACUUCUAUGUUAUUGUUGAACAGAUAGAUCUAUUUGUGCCUCCACACAGAUCU